CAAUAAUAAUAGGGCAAGGGGAAAGCGGAUGUGUUUAUUGUUUGGAUACACGCUCUAAGAUAACACAAUAAUCAUCAUGUCGGAAAACGCCAUUUGGGACGUCAGAACGAUACCCGGAAAUGAUUUCAAAAGCGAAACGUAUAUCAUGCGUAAACCUGUUCUGGUCACCUUCAUAGCUCAGGACCACCCAAUAGGUACCACCAACAACUCGAAACUAAAGAGCAUGGUUGUAGACAAGAAUUCGAAACUUGUAAAUCGCGAGGUAGAUAUUGACAUGAAGCUUUUGGACGAAUUCUUCAGAAAACAGUUCACCAUACCGCCCCAGGUCGAAUUUCUUGUAAAUCACAAACACGAAGAAAUUCAUGACUAUAUGAAAGCAAUAAAGGCGGACAAUUAUGACGGUUUCUUCUUUGUUUUCCUAUCUUAUCUCUCCCUCAAGGAACGAAACAAAAAGGGCGAACUUCCGUGCCUUAAAGUAGAAUGUUACGACUACGCCGUACCGAUUGAGGAUUUUAUGGGUAUGGUAAAGAAACGCAGCGACAUGGCCCUGAAGCCGAAAGUAUUCCUCUUCCAAGCAGACGAUCUUGAUCUCAUGCAACCAAAUAUAAUUAAGAAAGCGACUGGAUUUGGUGAAAAAGUGGAACUAAAGCAAAUGAAGAUACCGACAGAUGCUGACCAGCUCAUGAUGAUGUCGACACUUCCACAACGGCUGCCAACACUACGACCGGAAACGAAUGUCGCCAUACCAACGGCGUCCGAAGGAGGAGGGGUGGUGGGUCAGCCAAGCGACGAGAGUGAAAAAGUCACAGUCAGGAAAGAGAAUUCCUUGCUGAUCAAAGCUUUCGUGGACGUUCUCGAAACAAAUAGAGAUGUUGAUGUCUUAAGCUGCACACCGCUGAUAAAUGGGAAGAUAGAGCAGCUUAUAGAUGUUCUAGGCCUUGCAGGAGAGUAUGGGACAGAUUUCGUUGAAAAGAAACUAGUGCUGCCUGUUGUGUACUCCACGCUUACAAAAGAUCUACAUUUCUACCACAAGCGAGACAAUCCAUUUGGACUGUAACCGUCCCACUUAUGAAUUAUAUCAUUACUCAAAUGCACUUAAUGCAUUGUUUUUUAACUGAUCUAUUUUUUGAAAAAAAAGUAUGAGCUAUUGUCAUUACCUUGUCGUCGGCGUCGGCGUCCGGUUGAGUUUUGCGUUAAGGUCCACUUUUCUCAUAAAGUAUCAAUGCUAUUGCAUUCAAACUUGGUACACUUACUUACUAUCAUGAGGGGACUGGGCAGGCAAAGUAAGAUAACUCUUGCUUGCAUUUUGACAGAAUUAUGUGCCAUUUUUAUACUUAGAAAAUUGAAAAUUUUCCUUAAGUAUCAAAGCUAUUGCUUUCAUACUUGCAACACUUACUAACUAUCAUAAGGGGACUGUGCAGGCAAAGUUAUGUAACUCUGACUGGCAUUUUGACAGAAUUAUGUGCCUUUUUUAUACUUAGAAAAUAAAAAAUUUGGUUAA